AUGUCUUUGAGUGCCUCGACGUAUCUGCCGGUUGUUUCAUCCAUUUUCUAUUUUUUUCUUUCUGUUGGAGUGUUUUUGGUGGCCAGCAAUACCGCUCACAAGUUCUUGCUGUUGCCUUUCAUUCUCAUACCUGCAAUCCUCUCUUUCACGAGGGCAAACUACUGGCCUGGUGACAUAGGUAGCCUCUGGGGCUUGCUCCUAGGCAUAUGGAUCGCCCAUUCUAUUUCACUAUUAUGGCUCGAGGACCAUAGUGUCUGGGACGAUACAAAGCCAUUCCAGAGCCGCUGGGUACCCAUCAGAUACCACAAGCCUUUGAAGCUUUGGAAUAAUCCACGCCUGGUUGGAACCAGUCGGCAGGCGCUGAGAAAAUCGAGUGCUCCACUAUCCCUGCGUAAAUUCGUGAUGAUCCGAUUCUCAAAGUUGCUGGUGUACCUGGCCGCAAAUAUCUUUGUGCUGCCGCACAUAUUCCCUGCCUUGUUCAGAAAUAUGCAGGUGGAUGACUUUGGGCCGGCAAAACAAGUGUUUCUUCGGCGGUUAUUUUCUACCACCGAGCCGAUAACAAUGCGCGAAGUUAUGAUGAGAGCGGUCUUUGUAUUUUACUGGACCUUCGGCGCAGUCACCCAACUGGAUGCCGCGCAUACUGCACUCUCCAUUAUUUCAGUCGUGAUUUUUCAGUUCAAUGAUCCUGCAGAUUGGCCUGGAAUUUUCGGCUCCCCUCGCGAUUGCUGGAGUAUCCGCCGCUUUUGGGGUCAGUUCUGGCACCAAAUUGUAGUUCGAUCAUAUACCAACUACGGCACAUUUCUCUCGCGAAGGGUCUUGGGCUUGCGUCCCGGCUCGCAGGGUGACAAAAUACUUGUCAUUUUCAUUAUAUUUCUGUUUUCUGGUGUUUUGCAUAGUGUUGUGUCCUGGCAGCUUGGUGAUCACAGUUGGUCGGGGGAUAUAUGGUGGUUCUGUCUGAACUUUGCAGCGGGGGCUUUGGAAAUGGCUGUUUCACGAGUGCAACGCGCAAUGGGAAGUACUAGGAAAGUGUGCCCGCAGGGUUCACUUACGCGACAGAAAGGGAUAGCGUGGAACAAGAUGUUUGGUUUCGCAUGGGUGUUUUUUUUCUUGUUUUGGAGUCUUCCUAAAUCGCAGUACCCAAAGAUCUAUGAUCGCGUGCAGGAUAUCCUCUCCUCGAUGACGAUAUCAGAGAUGGAAAAUUAG